CCGAGUCCUUUGUCCGUCGUAUUUCUAGUCACAAAAAGUCACUUCACUGUGGUACUCAUGCGCACGGAUGCUAACUCAGGUGGAGUACUCAGGCUGGCAAUGGUCUUUCCGUGCGUACAUAAGGCUCAGGCUGCGAACGCCUCGCGUACUAGUAGCAAAAUGGUCGCCAACGCGCAGCCAGCAUAUGCAUUCUGGAUGCACGCGAGAGGAGCGCAGACUGACGGUUUCGACUCAUCUCACAAGGUUUCAACAGCCUUCAAGUACUACAUAACAUGUACUUAGAAGAGCAACAUCCGUGUCCGAGCCGAGUUUUCAUUGAGUAUGCCUCUGUAUUUGGCGGCACUUAUCUAUCGGUGUUGCAAUCAUGAGGCUCCUCGUCUCGCUCGCUGUGGGCGUGCAAGUGGAUCUGACAGCGGCCCAGUCACUUGAGUCCCGCUAUACGCCUUCGUCCUUCUCAUCCGUUGUGCCAUCCAACGCAAAGCUCAUCCACGCUGUUCCCUAUGGUGAAAACUCGACAUUCGUCAAGUACGACUCCGUCUCAGCCGGACUCACCUUUUGCGCGCUCUGCGUGAACUUCACGUCGUCCGACUCGUCCGCCUUCGAGCUCGGACUGUGGCUCCCGCUCAACAACACAUGGGACGAGAGGUUCAUCGCAUACGGCAACGGUGGCUUCAUCGGCCAGGUAGCAUGGUUAGACAUGGCGAACGGACUCAACUACGGGUUCGCGACUGUCUCUACCAACACCGGCCACCACUCCUCCAUACACCCCGACGACAGCAGCCAGCCGCGCGGCGGCGCGUGGGCGCUGAAGACUACCGGGAAGCGUACCGACUGGGGCUGGCGCGCAAUGCACGGCUCCGCGUCGCUCGGGAAGCAGCUCACCGCGGCGCUCUACAACGACAGUGUCGCGUACUCGGACUACGCGGGUUGCUCGAUGGGCGGGCGAAAGGGUCUGAAGAGCGUGCAGAUGUUCUCGGACGACUUCGUCGACGACGUCGUCCAGUGGAACCUCAAGGUCGCGACGUAUAACCUCCCGAACGGCGCGCCGCGCAACAUCAACGAGUGCCUGUUCACCGUCAUCGCUAGCGAGGUCUUCCCCCAGUGCGACGCCGUCAACGGGCUCGAGGACGGGACCACCACGAAUCCGUACGCAUGGAAGUUCCGGCCCGAGACACACCUCUGCAACUCGAUCAGCGCGAACACGUCGGCGUGCCUGACGAGGGUGCAGAUCGAUACGCUCUACAAGAUCUACAAUGACUGGGCGGACGUCAACCAGACGUUCGUCUUCCUGCACCUCACGUACAGCUCCGAGGCUCAGUGGGACAUGGCGCUGACCACGAGCAACGAGUCUCACCCGAGCGUACCGCGCACGCACGCUUCCUCUACGACGACCCGGACCGACUAUGGGAGAAUCUCGUCUGCUGUGAUCGUUGACGAUUACGACCUCUCGCUGUCCUAUGACUGCGGCGGAAAGCUGAUCCACUAG